AAAAAUCGGCAACAUGGCGCCUUAGGGCAGAUUGGUACAGCAGGAGACAGCGUGGACGGGAAGAAGUGCAGAUAACUGAGGGAGAGCGGCCUGCAGGAUGGUCGCCGAGGUGGUGGCGAGCAAAGUGUAUUGCUAUCCAUUCCAGCAGGUGGUCACCGGUUACCUCAACAAGUAUCCAACCCCUUUAGAGAAGAAUGUAACUGCAGUCACAACUGUGGAAGAGCAAGUAGACCCAGCAACAGGCAUUGUGUAUAGACGAAGAAUUGCAACCUGCAGUAAUGUCAUUCCAUCCUUUCUGAGGAAGUUCAGCAUCCUUAAUUUAUCGAAUAUAUACCUAGAAGAAGAAUCAUGGCUGGACAUGAGAGCGCGUGUGAUGAGUUUAAACAGUCGUUGCUUAACGUGGGCCCAAUAUGCGUCAAUGAAUGAAGUGUCUGUGUACCAGGAAAGCAAGCAGAAUUCCAACUGGACGGAAUUCAGUCAGAAAGGGACCAUAACAAUCACUGGUGCUGGAUACCUCAACUGUGUCUUGGAGAAAUUUGCACAAUCGUUUUUGAAACAAGGAGCUAAAAAGAGUAUCUCAAUCAUGGAAAGGAUCCUGGAGGAAAAAUAUGGCCGCCCUGUCUCGUAACCCCUGACAUUGCUGAAUUGCAUCAUAACACAGAAAGACCCUAGAUGCUUUAUUGGUGCUGUAUUUUUCAAGGUUCAAAUUGGGUUUUAUUGCAAAAGCACUCAAGGAAAGAUUGAAGCAGUCACUUUGUUAAAUUGGAUCUAUCACCUUUAACUCCCGAGCCACUUCUUUGUUGCAGUCUGCAAAUAAGGACCCUGGAAUGCUGCGAAAAUCUAAUUAUGUUGAAAUAUAUACUCCAAUCUCUCCAUGUGCAAUAAGGGGAAAAAAAUAUGCAUUUAUGAACUGGAUUGAUGUAAGAAUGAAAGGCUGGUUUUCCUGCCAUUCAUCUAGAUGUCUACUGCUGAUCCUUUUCUCACCGAAGUACAUUUUACUGACUUAGCUGGCACCCGGUUUAGACGUUGUGUCUGCCAAGCAUGAGCAUCAUAUAGAUACAUAUGUAAGGGUAAUGUGCUUCUGAUGAAACAUAUAUAGGUUUUUAAUUGAAACCAGGCAGGUGCUAUUCUUUUCAAACUAUGCACCACCACCUGAUGAUCCAGCAGUAUUGUGCUAGUAUCGCCAUAUGUGGAUGUGAGGUGACAGAUUGCAGUAUUAAACAUGACUGUAUUGAAUACCAGUAUAGAACAGCUUUUAAAAGCACAGACCACAAACACUCGUAUUGGGAACCUCUCAGCAGACCAUCUGUAUAUUGCUCUGCUGAACAUUAACUAGUUACAAUAACUGCACCCAUCAGUAUAGCAGACACUAAGGAAGCCAAACCAUGAAACAGCAGCCGCAUCCAUGUCCUCUAAAGAGUUAGUCUCGGCAAACUAUUUAAAUGCAUUUCUUAAAGGGAAUCUGUCACCUUGGUUUUGGACUACAUGAGUAGUACUGCAUAUAAGGAGUCCAGAUCGCUAUUUUUUAAAUAUUCUUACUACCCCCGUUUCCCCUGCUAUCAGCACUCAUUUGGCUGCUGUGCUGUUCUAACAGUGGAGAGGACUCAUGUGCACAUGUACAGUAGUCCUGACAACGCAUUUCAGUGCAGCUAUGAGCACUGAUGGCAGGGGGACAGUAGGAAAAAAAAAAAAAAAAAAGUGUUCUAGACUCCAUAUCUGCAGUUCUACUCAAGUUUAUGGUCCAAAAUCAGGGUGACAGAUUCCCUUUGACCACCUAACUGUGUUGUCCUGU